CUCCACGACUUUCCCUCGGUCGAACCCAAGACCUUCACCACAUACCCCAGCACACAUCUUCUUCUACCACUCCGCCGCGACAUUCUCCACCGGGCAAUUGUCUUUGAGGGUGACGCAACACGCCAGGGAACAGCAAACACAAAAUACCGUUCCGAAGUGCACGGCUCCAACCGCAAAGUCCGUCCACAAAAGGGUACCGGUCGCGCCCGUCUGGGUGACAAGAAGUCGCCUAUGCUGAGAGGUGGUGGUGUGGCUUUCGGUCCCAAGCCCAGAGACUUUAGCACCGAUUUGCCCAGCAAGAUUUACGAUCUGGCAUGGAGGACUGCCUUGAGUUACCGCUAUAAGAAGGGAGAGUUGAUUCUGCUGGAUACUGCUGCCGAGAUUGAGGUUGAAGGGCCUGGAGCUGCACGAUGGUUGAAAGAGUUGUUAAGGUGGAACAAGUGGGGCAACACGAAUGGUGGUACCCUGAUUGUCACGGCGGAGAAGAGGGAGAAGCUGUUCACUGCACUCCAACAACCUGGCAUGGACAAGGAGGCUCGCGCUUUGACCGUGGACAAGGUCGACGUCAAGGACUUGCUCGAAGGUGGUCGCGUCGUUAUUGAGAAGAAGGCUCUCGACAAGAUGUUCCAGCAGCACUCGAGCGAUCUUUCGUCAAGAGUCAAGAUUGUUGCUUGA